AUGCUGGGCCAAUCGCCGGGCCUCGAACACUACUACCCCCAUGAGGCGGCCAAUUUUCGGGACUGCGACGUGGCCGUGAAAAUCAUCCAGAAGCACGCGUCCGAAAAGGAGCUCCAAAUGUUCCUCCACGAGAUCGACAUGAUGAAAACCCUCGGCUUCAACGAGCAUCUGGUGAAUAUGCUGGGAUGCAGUACGCAGUCGGCUAAACGGUCGUGUUUGGUGCUGGAGUACUGUGCGAAUCGCGACUUGAAGAGCUAUAUUUUGAGGCGGCGCUCCGAUUUAGAUCAGAAAUUCCAGAGCCGCUCAAUCGACGAGCAAAUCGACUGCACCAAGGAGUUUUUGCACUUUGCCUGGCAGAUUUAUGGU